AUGAAACCGUCGAAUGUUUUUGGAGAUCCCGAGGAGAAUGAGUUCCCGGAUGCUGCGUUGGUGAAUUUUCGCGAUUUGCCGUCUGGGGAUCACUCGCUAACUCCUCAUGAGUUAUGCUGUUUUGACGAUAUGGCUACAACACUUGUUAUUGACUCCGUGCUUGAUUUCAAGACUCAUAAAAUGAACCAGAGAAAACGAUACAUAAGGCAAGAUGAGCGGCUGACAACUGUGAGCAUAAUGCGGGAAUUUCGAGCAUCAAACAAUUUCUCACUGGCGCUAGUGGAAUUCUUCUCACUGAGAUCUGUCAAAGACUUCCUCCUCCGUUUUUCUCUUCAGAAGCAACUGGAGUUUAGAGACCACAUCUACCAGUCUGAACGUCCGACUAAAGCCGGACUGACUGUGUUGUUCGCUCCGCUAGCCAUCACUGAUUAA